ACCGAGGGUUGCGUUAUGGAAGUGUUGAAAUUAAUGCAUUUACAUUGUUGUGAGAUUUAAAGGGACCUAGCCAUUGCCACACGAGGAGGUUCGGAAAAGCGUUCCGCAUAGUAGCUUGUAUAUAUAUAUAGAUAUAUUUAGAUAUAUCCGACGGAAGGAACUCUGCGCCUCCGAAACGAGGAUUCAUGUAACGGGAAGCGGCACAGAGGAACACAAUACCAGCUCCAAAUCCGGGAAUCGCUUUUUGCCCCACGUACAGUAAUCAACCGAAAAAAAAAACAAAACACACACACAAAAAAAACAAAAGAAUAUUUCAAAGGGGGAAACCGUGUGUGAAAAGAAGCAAGAAGAGAAUUCGACAUUCGAUCGGACGAUUUUUUUUACGCAGUAAGCAAACCAAGGAAGUGGAAUAUCGGAAUAUCCCGGACAAGAAAGAGAGUGACAUCCAGAAAAACACAAACCGCUCGUGUGUUGGUAAACGGAAUUAACGGUGAUAGUCUCGUCGCUCGUGUGUUUUUGUAAGGACGGGAAGAUCUGUACGUCAGAGUCCGGUUUCAACGUGGAGUUUUAAGGGGGGGUGGGGGAGGCAAGGGGGGGGUGCUGUGAAUGGACCCGCCAGCUGCUAAACGGAGGUGUACCGGGCUGGCCCCGGCGCCGGUGCUCCGAGAAGGUGCAGCCAGAGGCGUCCAAAAAUGCAGACUGGAGUCGCUGCUGGAUCUCAGCGCCAAGCGGGUGGCAGAGAGCUGGGCAUACGAGCAGGUGGAGGAGCGCUUCUCUCGCAUCCCCGAGCCCGUCCAGAAACGCAUCAUCUUCUGGUCGUUCCCACGCAAUGAACGGGAAAUUUGCAUGUACUCGUCCCUCAGCUGCCAAGGCCCUGAGGCGGACCGGGAUGGAGGCGUGCCGUUCCAGAGGGGGCUCAAACUGCUGGAGACGUCCGGAUCCGUGGAGCGGGUUCUCCAAGUCGGAUUCCAUCUGAGCGGAAACGUCACCGAGGCAGCAAACCAAGGGGAGCCGGAGCGGGUUUACCGCGUCUCCAUCAGCUUCGACCGCUGCAAGAUCACCUCCGUAACCUGCAGCUGCGGCAACCGGGACAUCUUCUACUGCGCCCACGUGGUGGCACUCUCCUUGUACCGCAUCCGCUGGGCCAGCCAGGUGGAGUUGCGGCUGCCCAUUUCCGAGACCCUCUCCCAGAUGAACCGCGACCAGCUGCAGAAGUUUGUGCAGUACCUCAUCUCGGAGCACCACACGGAGGUGCUGCCCACCGCUCAGCGCCUGGCCGAUGACAUCCUGCAGCUGGGAUCUGAGAUCAAUCGCCUCAACGGUGCUCCGGACCCCACAGCUGGAGCAGGAAUUGAGGAUGACAACUGUUGGCAUCUGGAUGAAGAGCAGGUCCUCCAACAGGUGAAGCAAUUGCUCUCCAAUGGUGGUUACUAUGGUGCCAGCAAACAGCUGCAGUGCAUGUUUAAUAAGGUCCGUGAGAUGCUGCGCAUGCGGGACUCCAACGGCGCACGCAUGUUGACACUGAUGACAGAGCAGUUCAUGGAUGAUCCAAGGCUGGCACUGUGGAGACAUCAGGCCACCGGGAUGACCGAUAAGUGUCGUCAGCUGUGGGACGAACUUGGUGCUUUGUGGGUAUGCGUGGUCCUAAACCUCCACGCCAAGCCCGAAGAACGGGCAGGGUGGCUGGAACUGUUGAAGAAGUGGGACCAGAUGGAAGUGUGCCCGUUGGAGGAAGGGAACUACAUCAGUGAGCCACAAAGCUCGGCUGAACCCAGGAAUCCCCCCGUUGCCCGCCAAACAGUAUUUAAACGAGCCAUACGAAGCUGGGACCUGCACUGGCGGGACCCUCACCUGCAGCGGAUUCUGCGCGGUGAGGUGGUCGUGACCGGCCAAGGUGGGGUGCACAAGAGAGACCACGGAGAGAAGCUGCUCACCUUCGACCCACAGGGUCGGCCAGUCUGGCUGGGAGAACAGCUCCCCACCGCCUGCGCCCGAGUGGACGCCCUCAGGUCACAUGGGUACCCCAAGGAGGCUCUCCGAUUGGCCGUUGCCGUGGUGCACACACUCCGCCUCCAGCGACGGCAUCAACUCGAGGCCUACAAGCAGCAGAAGAAAGAGAUGCUGCAGAAAGGCACCACGCUGAUUUCCAACCCCGAAGGGUGGGUGAGCCACCCCCUCGACCCCAUUGGCUGCCUGGUGCGCGCCUUCCUGGAGGCGUGUCGCGUGGAUGAAGAAGGUCCGUCCUUCUACUCAGAUGCCAGUUGUGAGCUGAAGAAGCCCGUUUACAUCCAUACACCGGUGCCCUCUGCAACCCCAAAUUCGGGUGAAUCCUACUUCACCAUGGCCCUGGAAGUCGCCCUCCUAGGCCUCGGACAACAGAGAGCCAUGCCCGAAGGUUACUACGCACAGGACAAGGUGGUGCGCUCAGAGGAGACCCUCAUCUCCGUCCUCGCCGACAUCCCGCUGGACGAGAGGCUGCUGCAGGUCAUGCGGCGCCAAACGCAGCUGCUGCUGGAAGGUGGUCCCUACAGUGGCUUGGGGGAGGUCGUCCAUCGUGAAAGUGUCCCCAUGCACACAUUUGCUCGCUUCCUGUUCACCUCCCUCCUGCCGCACGAUCCAGAGCUGGCGUACAAAGUCGCCCUCCGAGCUAUGAGAUUACCAGUGGUAGAAUCUCAGAUCCAUCACCACGACCCUCUGACCUCCAACCCCCUGGACCCCGUUCCUGCCAACCGUUUCCCCCGGUGGUUUGUGUUGGGACAUCUGGAGACACGGCAGUGUGAACUGGCCUCCACCAUGCUGACUGCCGCCAAAGGUGACCCAAAAUGGCUCCACACUGUGCUGAACUCAAUCCAGCAGAACAUCCACAUCCCAGCUCUCUUAUACAAACUGGCACAAGAUGCCUGCAAGGCAGCGACGCCCCCCAGCGGACCCCCGGACAUGACACUGCUGAACGUGGCCCUGGAGCUGGGCCUGCAGGUCAUGAGGAUCACCCUGGUCACACUGAGCUGGGGCCGCAGAGAGAUGGUGCGCUGGCUCGUCAACUGCGCCACAGAUGUCGGGAUGGGUGCCAUUAUCAACAUGAUGCAAGGCUGGUAUAAUCUCUUCACCCCCAUCGAGGCCACCUCAGUGGUGGCAGUCAGUGCCACAUCCCACGCCACUGCCCUCCGCUUAGGCCUGGACUACACACAAAGGGAGGAACUGGGGGCCUGUGCCCGCACCAUGGCACUGCAGUGCGCCGUCAAGGACCCCCAGCUGUGUGCCCUGCCCGCCCUGACCCUCUGCGAGAAAAACCACGGCGCCUUUGAAGCAGCCUAUCAGAUCGUGCUGGACUCGGCUGCCACCGGCAUGGGCCAUUCCCACUUGUUUACCAUCGCGCGCUACAUGGAGCACCGCGGGCUGCCCCUGAGGGCCUACAAACUUGCCAGCUUGGCCCUGGCCCACCUGAAUAUUUCCUACAACCAGGAUGCCCACCCGGCAGUGAACGAUGUGCUGUGGGCGUGCUCUCUCAGUCACUCGCUGGGGAAAAACGAGCUGGCCGCCAUCGUCCCGCUGGUCAUCAAGAGCGUGCGGUGCGCCCCCGUGCUCUCGGACAUCCUCCGCCGCUGGACUCUGCCAUCUCCGGGCUUGUCGGGCAUUCCCGGCCGCAGGAACUCUGGGAAAAUGAUGGGAACGGACAAGGCUCCUCUCUGCCAGAUGCUGGAGGCGUCCAUCGGCGCUUACAUUAACACCACGCACUCGCGGUUGACUCACAUCAGCCCGCGGCACUACGGCGAGUUCAUCGAGUUCCUGGGCAAAGCACGCGAGACUUUCCUCAUGGCACCCGAUGGGCAUCUGCAGUUUGGACAGUUCAUUGAAAACCUCAAGCAGACCUACAAAGGCAAGAAGAAACUCAUGCUGCUCGUCCGGGAGCGGUUCGGGUAAAUCGGCCCGAACGGAGGACGAAAAACGAAAAGCGCCAUCAGCAGGACCCACGACUGGAAGGAUUACAAAAUGCACAGACACUGCGCAGGGGGGAGCGCUGGACCCCCUUCUGCGACUUUGGAAUCCACGACAUGAAGAGCGCGCCUCGAGGAGGUACUGCUGCGAAAUUUAAAUGUUAAUGUGAAGUUCUUUUUUUUUUAAGUUCUAUGUUAUUUAUUUAUUUAAUUAUUUGGCUAAAGAAUAUGUGUGCAGUGACAAGUUGGGGAGGGAGGUCACACCGCGAGUGCGGGUGGGCCGGGGCAGCAGGGGGGGCGUUCUUUUAGAUAAAAAAAAGGGUUUGAAGUAAAGCAAACGCAAGUGUCCUCCUUCCAUCGGCCAGCCUUGGACCCCCUGCAGGGGUCGAGUACAACGACACGCAAGGCGGACCACCCGUCUGUCGCGCUUCCGGGGUGGCAGAAAUGAGAAUGGGAUUGGAACGCCACCCACCACUUAUGCAAAAUACUGGACCAAAAAUGGCAAACCAGAAAAAGAAAUUAAUUAAAAAGGAGUUGUGACCCCUUCAUUACUUUAAACUGGUAACGAAAAAUACAAAGGCGAACAUCUCCCCCCAAAAAUACUUGUGCAUGUGGUCAGCAAUUAUAUUCAAGAUGGCAGAGUUUUAUGUUGCAAAUCAUUUAUUAUAUUA